AUGGAUAAAGGGUAUGAAGACCUUCUGCAGAAUUCAGUAUCAGAGGGCGCGUGUGUUGGGGGGCAUGGGGAUGUGCAGGUAAGGUUACCUCCCCAGUGUGGCCUGCCUGUCCCAGACACCCUCACACACCAUCGAGAUCAGAUUUAUGGUCACCCCCUGUUCCCCCUGCUUGCACUGGUGUUUGAGAAAUGUGAGUUAGCCACUAGCUCCCCCAGGGCGACUCUUUCGCACUCAGCCCAGCCCCACAUCCCUGAAAAGAAGAAUCACAGUGACAUCUGCUCCUCAGAGUCAUUCAGUGAUGACAUCGCUGCCUUUGCCGAACAGAUUCGUUCAGAGGAGUCACUUUGUUCCUCAUACCCUGACCUGGACAACCUGAUGGUGCAGGCAAUCCAGGUACUACGCUUUCAUCUGCUCGAGUUGGAGAAGGUGCAUGACCUGUGUGAGAACUUCUGCCAGCGCUACAUCAUCUGUCUGAAAGGCAAGAUGCCCACUGACCUAGUGCUAGAUGAGUGGGAGGGCAGGUCCAGGUCCGACCCGGAGGGCCUUACUGGUUCCUCUACCUGUCUGUCAGAUCAGAGUCCAUCAUGGUUCCAGAAUCCAGAGGACUGUGUAUCCAUACCUUUGGACACUCCUGGGCCUUCAUCAAAUGACCUGCACUCUCACAGUACUGAUAGCUGCAGUAACACAGGGGAUGGCCUAGAUUUGGGCGUGGCGUCUCUCAACACAGGGGAUGAGGACGAGUUUGAGUGGGACAGGAAGAACAAUAAGAAGAAAGGGACUUUCCCCAAGGCUGCUACCAACGUCAUGAGGGCCUGGCUUUUCCAACACCUUUCGCAUCCAUACCCAUCUGAAGAACAGAAGAGACAGCUAUCCCAGGACACAGGUCUCUCCAUCCUGCAGGUCAACAAUUGGUUUAUCAAUGCAAGGCGCAGAAUAGUACAGCCCAUGAUAGAUCAGACAAAUCACUCAGGUCUUCAGGGAUCAUCAGCCAUUUCCCCAGAUUAUCCUGGAACUGUCUUUCCCCAGCCAGGACACUCCCUGCCCCAUGGGUCCCCAAAUCUGCACCCCUACUCGUCUCACCAUACUGCCAUGUUGCUUCACCCGCCCCCAUGCCCUCAUCCUGUGGAACCCCUGAUUGGGCAGGCACAGGACAUACAUGCCCAUUAACUGAUGGAACGAGGUCGGGGUGGAGGGCAGAGACACAUAACACACACACACUUCACCUACUACGCCUCACAUACUGGUACAUAUGUUUUUCUAUAUACCCACUGUCCAUAAUCCUAACAUGCUGGUACACAGGUACACCCUUCCACAUACACAUUUCCCAUACACACAAUGGUACACAAUAUUAUCAUACACAGACCAGUGAAAUGUUUACCAGUACUAUGGCUUAUGGCAGUCUCCAAUUCAGUGAUAUGCACAUUUUACUCACACAUCAAUAAACAUAGU